CAAUCCAAACGCACAGGUCGGCCCCGGGGCACGUGCCCUGCGUGCCCGUUUGGUAAGCCGGCCCUAGUAGGCCGGCGAUCAUAGCAGAGUGGGAGUGGGCAAAAAAAAUAUUGGCUGUGUUGUCAAGAAGUCACAUCGUCAAAAUCUUUGCGAAUUAUUGGAGACGAACACUGACCACCAAAGGAAGACACUUGGACACGUAGAGCGAAAUCUGUCAAAUUGAGUGUAACUGGCACUAUGUCUUUACGGAUUGUUCUUUAUAGAUUGAAUAAACUAUUUAAAGUCAAAACAUAUUGAAAUCAAUAGAAAAUAAACACCCGUUGCGAAAAGGAAGAUUUUUUUUCUUUUUUUUAAUUUUAUUUUUAUUUUUCUGGAGUAAAUAUCAAUACAGGUUUGUAGUCUAAAUUACCUGGAUUCUUCUGUCUGCUUUUGACGAGAAAGAGGAGCGGCGCGUAUUCACAUCAUCAUCCCUGUCGGCAGCAGUGCCAUGGCAGCCCCCACCACCAGCGUUCCUAAAGGCUGUGGCCCCUCUGUGGGCUCCCUGUACUUCAACCUGUGUGACUUGACUGCAGUGUGGGGCAUCGUGGUAGAGUCACUGGCGGCUUUAGGCGUGGUGACGGCCUUUGUCCUCAUCGUCAUCCUCGUGGCCAGCCUUCCCUUCGUGACAGACAGGAAGAGGAAAGGUAUGGUGGCCCUGCAGGCCAGCUUUCUGGUCUUCACCCUUGGUCUCUUUGGCCUCUCUUUUGCCUUUAUCGUGGGCCAGGACUUCACAAGCUGCAUCGCUCGCCGCUUCCUGUUUGGUGUACUGUUUGCGGGUGGUCUUGCCUGCCUCCUGAUGCAUGGGCUGUGGCUGGUGCUCCUGAACCAGCAGGGCCAGGGCCCCCGGGGCUGGAUGCUGUGUCUGGGGGCCCUGGCCUUCUGGCUGGUUGAGAUCAUCAUCAAUACAGAGUGGCUGAUCAUCACAGUGGAGAGGAGGCCAAUGACGGCCAGUGGCAGCCCUGACAUCUCCUGCAGUAUCACCAACCACGACUUUGUAAUGGCUUUGAUCUAUGUCAUGGCCCUGCUGCUGGGCGUGGUGCUGAUGGCCGUGCCCUCGCUCACACACAAACACAAGGCCUGGCGGCGGGACGGAGCCUUCAUCCUGGCCACCGGGGUCUGCUCCAUGGCCGUGUGGGUGGCCUGGAUCGUCAUGUACAUUUAUGGGAACCAGGUGGCCGGGGACCCCAGCUGGGACGACCCCACCCUGGCCAUUGCCCUGGUCAGCAAUGCCUGGGUGUUCUUGGUCCUAUACACCAUCCCAGAAAUCUGCUCCCUCACCAAGGAGCAGGAGGAGGGGGAUGAGCAGCCCAGCGAUGGGGAACACAUUAUCUACCCGAUCAGGAGCUUGGUCUAUGAUAACAUUCUGAAGGAGCAGAACACUGCAGCAGCCCAUCAGAACAUGUACAUGGAGAACAAGGCCUUCUCCAUGGACGAACCCAACACAGCAGCCAACAAGCCUGUAUUUCCAUACGGUGGUUAUAGCUGUCAGCUCCGCAGCUGUGUGUACCAGCCCACAGAACUAGCUCUAAUCACCAAGAGCCUGGCAAAUAGGGACCAGUCCGAUGAGACUGGCCUCCCCAGGGCCACGGCCCCCCCUCUAAACCAGAGCAGCAGCUCCCUGCCUCGCUCUCUAGAGCCCCUACCCACCACAGGACUGUCCCCAGCAGUCAGUGGAAAUGGUGUGUAUAAGAAGCCUCUGUGGUGAAUCUACGCUACGCUACUACAACCUGGUUCCUGUUCUAGACCCUCCCCCUAUUCUACUCUGUGCUCUAGUUUCCCCUGCAGCCCCUGGGUGUGUUUGUCAGGAUUGGACCCUGAGAAAACCCAGAGCCUUUGACGACUGUAGAGGCCAGGCUGUUCUGUACAUACAGUAGGGCUGGAGGGAGCCAGUGUCAGAGGAGAGGCCACUGUCUUGGUGCUGUGCACCCAGAACAAGUGUAUCUCUCAUCUCCCUGUGUCUCAUCCAGUCUGUCCCAGUGGCAGUACUAGCCACCCUCCACCUACCCAUCUCCCAAGUCGGCACUCCCCACACCCAGGCCACAACGCCAUGCACUGAUGGGAGAUCUAACCAACACAGCAACAUACAGCAGUGUGGCCAGAGUGAAUGGACAAUGAGGCAGUUUCAAGAGGAAUUUGUUGCACACCCAUAAAAGCCUUUCAGUCUAAGCCCUGUAAAAAAUCUAAAGGAAGUUUGUUCUGAAGUGUCUGUCCUAUAUAUAAGAAAUACUUUAUUUAAAAAAAUAAAAUAAUUUAACUUGUAUUUAACCCCUUAUUUUUUGGAACUAAACAGUCUCCAUAUAUACUUCCAUUCAUUUGGUACUGGGGGACCUUCAGACGAGUCCUGUAAAAGCCUCUGGGCA